CACUCAUAAAAAAGCCAAUAGUUAUUGUUGUUUAAUCUCGUUCUCAAAGAAACCAAGAACGUGCUCUCUCCAUCGAAAUGGUUAUGGCGUCGUCUUCCCCUAUGGACCAACAAAGGGAUCAGAGUCAAGAUCAGAAUCCGGAACAGGAACUUCAACAGCUGUCUCCAGUGAAAGAGUGCAUCCACAAAACCAAAACGAUUCAGUUUCUUGGGCGCACAACUCCGAUCGUUCUUCAAAACGACAAUGGCCCCUGUCCGCUUCUUGCAAUCUGUAAUGUUCUUCUGCUUAGAAACAACUUAAAUUUGAGUCCAGAUAUUGCUGAAGUCUCACAGGAGAAAUUGCUUUCAUUGGUUGCUGAACGAUUAAUUGAUUCGAAUAGUAAUGUGAAUAACAAAGACUCUGUCUAUGUUGAAAAUCAACAACAGAACAUUGCCGAUGCAAUUGAUUUGCUCCCUAGGCUUGCUACUGGCAUUGAUGUAAAUAUAAAAUUUAGGAGAAUAGAUGAUUUUGAAUUCACCUCAGAGUGUGCCAUAUUUGAUCUGCUGGACAUCCCUUUGUAUCAUGGCUGGAUAGUUGAUCCUCAGGAUUAUGAUACUGCAAAUGCAAUUGCAUCAAAGUCCUAUAAUGCCCUUAUGGGAGAGCUUGUUUCUCUUGAAACACUAAAAAUGGAAGUCCAACACAAAAAUAAUCUGGAAGAAGAUUGUGUUGAUUUUGUGGCUGCAACAACUGCAGCUCUUGGAGUUCCUUCUCCCUGUCUUUCAAAAGCCAGAUCUUUUGAUGAUUCUCCACAUUCUGUUUCUGAUCCUUUACCAAGAAAAGGCGAUCUUGAAGAAGAGGCAGAGUUGUUGAGAGUCUUGAAGCUGUCUGAGGCUGAUUCUAUAGAUUCAGUAAGUGAUCCUGUUGUAGGUCACGUAAAUGGUGGAGCAAUAUCUGUCAGUAUGGAUGAAAAUAUGUGUAACAAGCAGGUUAUAACUGUGGAUUCUGGAGAUAAGUUAGGAAAGAACACUGGUGCUGGAAACAAUGACUUUCAUGAGCCAGAAACAUCCAUAUCUGAUGAUUGCACUGCUUCUGGCAAAGACAGUAAUGAACAGACAUCUUCUGCGUCUACACUGGGGGAAGCGGCUAAUUCAUCCUUAAAGACUGAUGCCAUAAGUGACCAUCAAUCAGCUUAUAUGGGACUUGAAUCUAUUGGCCAGAAUGAUGUGGUUGAGAAGAACGGCCUUGAUGCAUUAGUUCAGAAUGAGAGUUCAGCUAUCCUUUCUCCUGAAAAAUACUCUGUCUCUUUGUUUGAGAGCCGUGCAGAUGUCUUUGGAGGGGUUGGUAAAGUUCACGAUCAAUCCAAUCUUACAACUAUAGAUCAUGAAGUUGCAGGUGAAUCUCAAGGACCUGACGCAACAGGAUUAUCAUGCUUAUCGUCAAGCCAUACAAAUUUAGAUUCAUCUAGUGUCAGAUAUCAUCAAACUGAUGCUUCUGGAGCAUUGCCUUCAAGUGUUGAUGGGAGUGAGCCCAUAUAUGAAGGAGAGGAAUGUGUAUUGGAUACAAGAACUGGAAAUUUCGAGGAUCGUGAACCUGUUUAUGAAGGUGAGGUGGUGCUUGCAGAACAGGCUGACAAGAGCACAUUAGCUGCCCCUGAUCUAAGGGCCAAGGAUGAAAUUACUCCAGAACAAGGGGAAUUGAUCAAGAAUUUCUUGAGGAAUAAUGCAAGCCAGUUGACAUUUAACGGUCUCUUUUGUUUACAAGAUGGUCUUAAAGAGCGUGAGCUAUGUGUUUUUUUCCGAAACAAUCAUUUUAGCACCAUGUUUAAGUUUGAGGGUGAGCUCUACCUUCUAGCUACAGACCAAGGUUACAUAAAUCAGCCUGAUCUGGUGUGGGAAAAACUGAAUGAGGUCAAUGGCGAUACAUUGUUUAUGACCAGUAAUUUCAAGGAAUUCAAGGCAGAAAGCCAUGAAAAUAACACCUGGGAUGAGAACAAUGCUAUGACCAGCACUGCCGACUAUCUUGCCAGCAUAGAUAGUGCAGCGCAGGCAGGUUUAGAUAUCAAUUCUGAUCUGCAAUUAGCAAUAGCGUUGCAACAACAGGAGUUUGAGCAGCCGGCCCCACGUCAUAAUCCACAGCAAUCAACCAUUAGUGGUAGCUCCAGACUGGUCACAGGUCCCCAGGUGUCAAGAAACACUGGAAAGCAUUCAUCUUCAUCGUCAUCUACAUCUUCAUCUCCCAGGCCUGAUGGAAAAUCCAAAGAAAAAUGUAUAGUGAUGUGAAUUUCACAAGCAGAAGUUUUUUUAGAUGCUUGCACUUUAAAAUGCGUGGUCUUGACUUUAUUGUAUCCCAUUACAGCAACCUUAUUCCUCAUGUCAUGUAUGUGAUAUUUCUUCUGUAAAUAAUGUUAGUAUAUAGUCCCACCGGUCUACGUCCUUUGUAGCUAGUGACUCCGACCCCCCACCCCACCCCACCAAUCCACUUUAUAUUGUCUGGACUAACCAUCCCAACCAGCGUCUCUGUGAGCUUCGGCCCCGUUUUAUGCUGAUUGAUUGUGCACUACUUUACGUUGGGUGUAAAAGCCCAGUCUGCAUAGUUCUAAUGUUUCCAUUUUACCUAACUCUGUU